ACGGUGGCGCGCACGCAGUGGCGAAAGGAAGCGGGUUGCGGUUGUGCGGGAUAUCACGGUGGCGCGCACGCAGUGGCGAAAGGAAGUGGGUUGCGGCUGCGCGCACGUAGCAGAGAAGGCGGUGCGCGUGUUUGUCUGUGAGGGGGUGGAGUGCACUGUGUGAGGAGUCGCUGUUCCGUGGCCGGAGAAGAAGAGGCGGCAGCUGCGAACGAGGAAGUUGUUGCGGGAUAGUUGAGUCGCUACAGAAGGACAAUGCCGAGCCGGGAGUGAGCAGGUGAAACCAACAGAACUGAAGAAAGGAAGGUGAACAACCCCUUUAAGCUUUGUGUUGUUCUUGGAAAAUUGCGCACCGAUUGUGAAUACCUUGAACGUUGGCAUUUCUAGCCCUGUCCUGUUGAGCCCCCAUUUACAACUUGCUCAGAUUAAGACUCAGUUGGCUCUUCAUCACUUGAACUCUGUCACUUCGAGCAAUACUGCCCCAAUUUAUGCUUUGUUAAAUCAAGCUUUGUUGAAAAUAAGUACGGCUUGCACAAUGUUUAAUCCCAGAGGAGGUUUCCCCGUUCAAAGGCAACAACAGCCAGGUCAUCCUUUGUUAAACCAGGCAAACAUGAACCAUCCAGGGAUGAAUCUUCCUGGCUUAAACCAUCCUGGGAUGAACCUUCCAAGCAUGAACAACCCUUCAUUGACCCAUCCUGGCAUGGGCCCUUCUGGAAUGAAUCACCCAGUAAUGGCACAUUCUGGCAUUAAUCAGUCUGGAAUGAACUUCAACCGGAUGGCACACCCUGGCAUGAAUCAAGGUGGCAUGAAUCAGGGCGGCAUGAAUCAGGGCGGCAUGAAUCAGGGCGGCAUGAAUCAGGGCGGCAUGAAUCAGGGCGGCAUGAAUCAGGGCGGCAUGAAUCAAGGCGGCAUGAAUCAAGGCGGCAUGAAUCAAGGCAGCAUGGGCUUCCAUUCUGAAAUAAAAGGUCCUGGCUUUGGAAUAAGGCCCCAUGGAAUGGACCCACCUGGGCAAUUUCUAGGAAGAGCACCAGAACCAAUGGGAAUGAAAGGAAUGCCGCCCAGAGCACCAAUGCAUGGCACACCUGAAAGAGCCUUGGGUCCACAAGCAUAUCCGCAACAACGAUUUGGUGGUCCCAGCACUUCUGUAAGACCUGGCCCUCAAAGAAUGCAGUCCCAGAAUCCCGAUGUUGCUCCAGGCAUGAAUUUGCUGAUGAAGCAGUCCCCGUCAGAUCUCCUGUUAGGAAAAGAUAUUCCACUGCAUGAAUCUUCACGUCACUUGGGAAAUGAAAAACAGUGGGAACCACGUGGUACUUUUGGCAAUAUCCCUCCGUCAACUGGAAUGAAACAGAUGCCCUCUUCACAAAUCUCUGAUCACCAUAAAAGAUACACGACUGAAAGUGCUUCAAGUAUUUUGGAAAGCUUUGGACUGUCUAAUGAAGAUCUAGAGGAACUGAGCCGUUAUCCAGAUGAUCAGCUGACACCUUCAAACAUGCCAGUAAUUCUGAGAGACAUAAGAAUGCGCAAAAUUGGUCGACCCGGUGCUCCAGAUCAUAGUGGUGGAAGAAGACCUACAAGUGAUGUGUUACCAAGUAAAGUUAUUGACUAUGGGCAUUCAAGCAAAUAUCAGUUUAAAGAGGAGUCUGUUCCAAUACGCAAUUUUGACUCUUCCCGCAAAGACGGAAAAGACUUUAAGCCUGCAGCUACCCCAAAAAGAAUGGAUUCCCAGAAAGUGAAUCCGCCUAAUAAGCCUGCAUCAUCCGUGAAAAAACAGCCCGAGAAGCCCACCAGUAACCUAAUGGAUAAUAAAAUACCGACUAUAUCUGUAACGCGUCAGAACCAGCGUCCAGCAAAGCAAGACAGACCACAAAGCACAAAUAUAGUUGUGGAGCAGCCUGUAGUGCAGUCUACUCUCAAAUCUGAGGUUCCAAAUGUUGAACACCCCCCAGCACUGACUGCCAAUCAGCCAGAAGUUCCAGCCAUUGGUCACUCUGAUACACAGGUGGCUAGUUAUACAGAGGCUCGGGCUGAUCAUAUUCCUACUUUGGUCAACCGGGGAAAUUACCAGCCACCACCUGACCCUCCUGGCGAUGCAGCUAGAUUUCCGCCAAAGUGGUCACCAGGAUUGUCUCUGCCAGAGACAGAGAAAAUGAAGAGGCUGCCAACUCCUUCCAUGAUGAAUGAUUAUUACGCUGCAUCACCCAGAAUAUUUCCUCAUAUUUGUUCUCUGUGUAACUUACAAUGUAGAGUUUUAAAGGACUGGAUUAAGCAUCAGAAUACCCAGGGUCACAUUGAAAGCUGCAGACAGUUGCGCCUACGGUUUCCCGAUUGGAACCCACAUGAACUUGCACCUUUAAGAGAUGAUGAUAAAGAUAAAAGUGAUGGGUCUUCUAAAAGAUCAAAGUCUAGGAGCAACAGUCCCAGACGAUCUAGAAGGUCUGGAUCUGGACACAGGGCACGCAGGUCACGCUCCAGGAGUCCAAGACUUGCCGGGAGGGUAAGAACUAGGAGCCGUAGUCCAAAACGACCUGUACGUAGUCCAAGGCGUUCUCGGAGCCCGCACCGUCGGUCCAGAUCUCCACGCCGUUCUAGUUCUCCUAGAAGAACCCGUCGACCACGCUCUUCCAGAUCAGGCAGCACUUCUCCAGAUAAAAGAGCUGUUGACGCAGCAGUGAGAAAUUUCAUUGAUAGAACUGAUCAAAAAACUGGGCAAAACAAAAACAAUCCGUCAAAGGCACCAAGCGAUGGAAAGAGACCGCUACAGGGGAGCUCCUCCAACAGCUUGAGAACUAAGAAACCACCUGCGAGUUCUUCAGCAAAGAAACCUGAUUUUUCCAGCAGCACAUCAAAGAAACCCAGCGGUGCCUCCAGUACUAGCUACCCCAAGAAGAACAGCAGCAGCACUGAGAAGAAACCUACUAAUAGCAGAAGUUCCUCUCAGGAAAAGAAAUCUGGCUCCUCCAGCUCAACAGCUAAAAAACCAGUUGUUAGCACUGCUGCAAGGAAAACUAGUGCUUCAGCCGUGGCUGGAAAGAAACCCUUACAAAGCAAAUAUAGCGGUGCUGCUAAAAAUGCCAGGGGCCCAACUAAGCCUGGACCACCUAAAGAACCACACACACCCCUUCUUAAGUUCAAAAACAAAUCUAAUCCGGGAACAGUCAUUCAUGUUACCAAUCUGCCAGAUUCUGGCUAUUCUGAUCAAGACAUCCUCAAAAUCGUUCAACCGUUUGGAAAAGUCUGUGACAUCCUCAUCAUACGGUCUAAAAAUGAGGCAUUUUUAGAAACCAAUUUCAAGGAGGCUGCUGCAGCAGCUGUAAAGUUCAGUGAAACCACACCUGUGAUGAUCAACAACACCAGAAUUAACCUGUGCUUGGCUGGACAAAAAGUGGAAUCUGGAAAAAAUGAAGCGACACCUGCAAGUGCUGAUGAUAUUCCUGUUGAAACUGCACAGGCACCAGUGAACACUGCAAAACCAGAAACAAAGACCAUAAAAGCAGAAACAAAGACUAAACCAAAGCUAGAUUCAAAGAAAGGAUCUGCAGCUGCAGGAAAAGCUAAAGUGCCAGAUGUUAUACCCCCUGGAUUUGUGAAAUGCUAUAAGCUUACAGAACCCCCAAUGAAGGAUGCUGAGAAAUGUGUAGUCCUUAUUUCCAAUCUACCCGAGGAACCAAUCACUGUGGAAGAACUUUCAAACCUGGCUAAACCCUUUGGUGGGGUAAAUGAUAUUAUAAUCAUCUCUACCCACAGGAAAGCCCUCUUGGAACUUUCAAGCAAAAACUCUGUGGAUUCCAUGAUCAGGUUUUACAAUGUCUUCCCAUCAAACAUUGGUGGCAAAGUGCUGUCAAUAUCUCUGGCUCCAAAGUUUAAGGAUUUGAAAGAUGAGGAACGUAUCUUUGCUUAUAUCAUAGAGCAAUCUCCAUGCAAGAUAACACCAUCAAUUUAUGAAAAAUUUGUCUACCUUGUUGAUCUGCCUGAGAAAGGAUACACAGAGUUUUCAGUUGUAUGUGUAGGUCUCCGUUUUGGAAAAGUUGAUCACUAUGCCAUUUUCAGUAACAAGAGAAAGGCCAUUCUACACAUGUGCAGCACAAGUGCUGUUAAAACAAUGCACAGUUUUCUGACUCAGUACCCUUGCACCAUUGGUGAAAAUACAGUGAAGUGUGUUCUGCCCUCAAAAAAGAAACUUUCAGAGGAUGAAUAUGAAGUUGUUGUGGAAGAAGAAAAAGCAUGCUCUGAGACUGAAAGUAAUGUGGAUGAAACAGAAGAAGCCCAGACUGCUGAUGAAAUAGCAUUGAAAGCUCAGGCAACUAAUAAUGCUGAUUCUGCUGCUGACGACAAAGUCGUUUCAACAUCCAUUCCAGUUGUUGCAGUGAAUGAGCCAGUAGUAGAAUGUCUUGAGGAACAGUCUUCAACUAUUGAGGAAGAGUCUGUGUCUGUUGCUGAACAGCCAUCAGCUGUCGAUGAAGAGUCUCCUGCGGUUGUGGAAGAGGCUCAUAUGCCAGUUGAAGAAGAUACUCAUUUGGAAAAUGAAGCAACUCCGUUGUCUAAUAAGGAAGAGACUUGCCUGGCUAAUAAGGAAGACGUGACCUUGACUAUUAAAGAAGAGAUUUCCUUGACUGCUAAGAAUGAGACUGACCAAGUUAACAAGGAAGCUAAUGAGGAAGAGAUUUACACAAUUCCCAAUGAGGAAGCUCCAACUUUUGAAAAUGAGACUAAACUAGCUAUAGAUGAAUCUGAAGUACAGCAAGAUGUACAGGAUACAUCUGAAGCAAAACUAGAGGAUCUGCCUACUUCUGAAAAUCCUGAUUCAUUUAAAGAGGCUGUUGCUCAACCAGAGCCCACUAGGACAUUUGCAGAUAGUGCAUUUCUCUCUCUCAGUUUUGGUGUUCAAGCAACUGAAGAUGAUGAUGAAGAAGAGGAAGCUGCUGAAGCACCAGACCUUGAUGUGACCUCACCAAUAUCUAGCACUGCAACAGACCCUAUGGAUGAAGACGACCAACCUGUAAUCCAUGCAAAGCCUCAUAUACACGAGGACUCCGAUGUUAUGGUAUCGGUAGAGUCCGAAUGUGAAGAAGAUGAGAUGUCUGAAGAAGUGAUCCUAAAAGACCAUGUGCAAAAAUUCCAAGAACCAGAGGCAAGUAUGGUUGAACUUGUUACUGCAUCUGAAGAAACAGAAGAACCAGAAACUGAUUAUGCAUCUGUUGCACCAGAAAUAUUUUCUGAUAGCCCAUCUCACAUUGGACACACUCAGAGUGAGCCAUCAGAGUUCCAUGCAAAGAUUAGCGAAAAAUGUGUUACUCAUGAGCCAGAACAUGAAAACAAGUUAAUUGAAAAAUUAACAGAUACACUGAGUAAAUCAGUUGAGCAAGAGACUAUGGACAUGGAAAAAUCUAGCUUGAAUAAUUCUGAGACCCAAGAGACUAGUUUUAAGAGUUCCAAAGGUGAUCAUUCCCAUGGAAAAGACAAAGAUUCCUCUAUGGGAAAGUCAAGCUCUGGCAAACAAACAAGCACUUCAAGGGUCAAGUCAGCCAGUGAAAAAAGUAGAGAUUCAUCAAGUGCUACAAAAGAAUCUUUGUAUAAACGCAACAGCAGGUCAGCUAAGUUUAAUCCACAGAAAGGAGAACUCUCUGUAACGGUAACAUUGGACAGUCAGAAAGGUUCAAAGAUGGACACAAGGAAGAAGUUAUCGGCUGAGAGGGGGUCAUCUGGCAGAGAAAGUAGUACGCCAAAAUCAAAUAGCAAUCGCUCUAGCCCUUCAGAAUCAUCAAAUAACCACAAAUCAAGUGCAGGUUCUUCUCAAAAGAAAGGUGGUAGCAGAAGUGUGUCAUCUGGGUCAGAUAAGGAAUCAAAAGUUACUCCGAGGUCUUGGGAAAGAGGGACAAGGUCAAGCAACAAAAAAGAUGACCGUUUUAGGGAUGAUCGCUCUAGAGAAGACCGCUCUAGGGAUUAUCGUUCCAAAGAGGAGCGCCCUCGGGAGGACCGCUCCAAAGAGGGCCGUCCCAAAGAGAACCGGCCUCGGGAUGACCGCCCCAAAGAGGACCGGCCUCGGGAUGACCGCUCCAAAGAGGACCGGCCCCGCGAUGAACACCCCAAAGAGGACCGGCCUCGCGAUGACCGCCCCAAAGAGGACCGGCCUCGGGAUGACCGCCCCAAGGAAGACCGGCCUCGGGAUGACCGCCCCAAAGAGGACCGGCCUCGCGAUGACCGCCCCAAAGAGGACCGGCCUCGGGAUGACCGCCCCAAGGAAGACCGGCCUCGGGAUGACCGCCCCAAAGAGGACCGGCCUCGCGAUGACCGCCCCAAAGAGGACCGGCCUCGCGAUGACCGCCCCAAAGAGGACCGGCCUCGCGAUGACCGCCCCAAAGAGGACCGGCCUCGGGAUGACCGCCCCAAAGAGGACCACCCUCUGGAUGAACGCCCCAAAGAGGAUCGAUUUAAGAGUUCUUUAACAAAACAACAGAGGAGCUCCAGAAGUGCUAGUCGUGGCAAAAAAUCUGGGAAGGAACAGGAGGAUAUGUUCCCAUUUAAUUUAGAUGAGUUUGUUACUGUAGACGAGAUUGUUGAGGAGCACGGAGAUGCAAAAAAAGCAGAAGAGCAGACAGAUGCUUCUGAAUUACUAAAUACUUCUCGGAAAGGCAAAAGGAAAGAUAACGAGCCAUCUCCUGUAGAAGCUAAAAAAGCAAAAGGAAGGAGUCCAGAUCCACAUUUAACGAAGCAGGACUGUUCCUAUGUAACCCUUGAUGAAAUAGUAGAUGAAGAAGAUGGCACUGUUGGAUCUGAUCCAAGUGAUCCCUUGGGCCUUGCAAAAGAAUCACAGUCUCUUCUAACAGUAGAUGAAGUCCAUGCAGAAGAUGAUCAGCCUUCUGCUAAAGACCCACAAGGGCUUAUGACUUUGGAUGAGAUAAGUGGCGAGGAAGAUGGAACUCGUUAUUCUGCCACAGCUCAUGCACCAUUAGAAAUUCCGGAGGUCUUUGGAAAAGAACAACUUCUUUUAACGCUCGAUGAAAUUGGUGGGGAAGAGGAGGAACCAAUCUCUUCAGAAUCCUCAUCCUUGCAGGCCACAAACCCAAAAGAUGAAGAGAAUAAAGCUGAACUUAAUGACCUGGAUGAUAAGGAAAUCAACCUGUUUAAGAUCUUGGACGAUUCACAAGUUGAGGACCAAGUGCCAGUUGACCCGAAAGAACAGCCACUGUUGACCCUGGAUGAAGUCAAAGGCGAUGACGACACAGAAUCUUUAGUAGACAUUAGCUUUAGUGAAGGGAACCAGUUUUUCACUGUAGAUGAAAUUGGGGAGGAGGAGGAAGAUUCCACAGUUGUUUCAGAGAUGAACAUCGAAUCAGGAGGAAGAGGAAAAGGCAAAACUGGAAUUAAAGCUACGAACACAAAGCCGACCCCAAAAAGAGGCAGGCCGAGAAAAAGGCCUUUUCCUAAAGAUAGAACCGCAGGACCCUCGGACAGCAGCAAGAAUAAAAAAGACAAGAAAGAAACCCAGGAUUCUGCAGAGGAUCCUUCCCAGGGAACAAGUGCUGCCAAGAGCCCUGUGGAGUCAAAGGCUUCUAAAGAGAGUCCCGGCAAAGGAAAAAGCACUGGCAGUUUGGGUGCAGAAAAGGCAGAUUCAGAGAAGGCAGCAGCCAGUACAGCUGAUUCUGAAGAAACAGCACCCGAAACGAAAAAGCCAAAAUUAGCCCCUUAUAAUCCAUCUGUUCCUAUAGGAAUAGAAUUUCUCAUCCCUCAGACGGGGUUCUUCUGUGAGCUCUGCUCUCUGUUUUACAUUAACGAGGCAACUAAGAUCAAGCACUGUAAAAGUCUCCGACAUUAUCAGUCUGUAGAGAAACAUAUGGCCAAAGCCGAAGAAUUGACAGAAGCCAAACUAUGAAGAAAGUGCAAUUCACAAUGAAGGAAACAGAAACAUUUUGGGUCCAUAGUGCAUUUUGCUUUCAUUUCUCACCAACCUGUUUUCACAACAUUUGUUUAUAAUGUACAAAUAAAAAACCAUUGCACUGUUUGUAGACAGAAAUAAAUAGGAAUUUAAUUGAAAAUCUAAUUUUUUUUUAAUAUGUUUGUAGUGAUUUCCAUGAGUAGACACUCCCUGUGCUCCGUGUUGGUCGCUCUUAUCACCUGCCUCAGACUUCUCUUAUUUUCUCUUUCCCAAAUCCUUGUCGUGCCCUCGCAAUGUCAUUAGAUGUACUAACUGUUGGUAUACUCACUUUUGUCUAUUUUGUUGGAAAAUAUUAUUGACAUUUUUAUUUUUCUGAUGUAAUUUUUAAGAAGAUCCAUUUUGUUUCAUUCGUUUUCAGCGGCACCGGCUGGGAAUUGUGUGGAACUCGUAUUGAGCACAGGGGAGAAUCCCGUUGUGAAACACCAGCUGGAACCGCCGCAGUUUUGUUACAAAAUCACGUUUCCUUUUUGGGACACGUUUGCUUUAUGAAGAGUUUAUUUAGCAUUCUUAAUGAACGUUCUUGCUCGUUAUUACUUUGCGUUCUUUUGUAUAUAACCCUUACUCCAACUUGUGUAGAAAGAAAAGUAUGUUUCUAAAUAAAACAAGUGCUCGACCAAA